UCCUCAGGCGGCCGCCAUGGCGGGACAAGAGGAUCCGGUGCAGAGGGAGAUUCACCAGGACUGGGCUAACCGGGACUACAUUGAAAUAAUCACCAGCAGCAUCAAGAAAAUCGCGGACUUUCUCAACUCGUUCGAUAUGUCAUGUCGUUCAAGACUUGCAACACUAAACGAGAAGUUGACAGCCCUUGAACGGAGGAUAGAGUAUAUUGAAGCACGGGUGACAAAAGGUGAGACACUCACCUAGAACAGUGCCGUCGUGCUGCUGGGAAGUUGCUUUACAGAACACAGGCCACAUGGGAAAGGCCCCAGCAGCCUUCAGCUCCUUCCUUUCUCCUUAAAGAGCAACAGGGCUUAUUCUUGUUUUUCUUUUUUCAAAAGUGUGGCCUUUGGUCUCUGCCAUCUGGGGUGUGGUGUGGUAUGUGGGGAGAAGUCCAGAGGAACUGUUGGAAAUAACAUUAGGCAUUUUACCUUUUCAGUAACAUUUUAUAGAUCUACUUUUCAAAUGUAUUUGAAAUAUUCACAGCCAAAAGCCUGGGACUCUUUGUGAAGGUCCUGCCCACCUCUGUCCUUCUUUCUCUCUCCCUCUCUCUCGCUCAAACUUUCCUUAAAGUUCUCAUUGCCUUUGCACUGCUUCUGUGAACAGUCUGUCUCCUCCCCACCUUUGGUGGGAAGUAGGGAGCAGCCCUGGCCAAAACACACAUGUCCUGACAAUGUGGCUGCCAGAGAAUGUUCUUGCUAACCCACCAGUUUCUUGUUGAUUUGGGGAGGUCAAGGCCAGGCCCCCACUUGGCUUGAAGGGUCAUUUUCAAACUUUUCUUUCUGUCACUUGGGGUGUCUGUACCUCUCAUAUUUCCCUAAUAAACUCCUCAAUU